GACAGAAAACAAAUGUCAUUAUUUUAUUAUUUUCCUGAUAUUUUCUCUUGUAGGAUGGCAGUUGUACACUAAAAACACUAAUGUAUCUCUGCAUUGAAUAUAAAUGCCAACUAGCAGUAGUGUUGCUGCGACUGACAAGCAAAAAGCUUUUCGAUUGCAAACUCAAGUCAAGAGCAUCGAACGAAAUGAUGCAGACCGGCCUGAAGCUUUUCUCACUAUAGAGUCGGCUUUGCCGUCAAAUGAACGCAGAAGACUAACAAAGAGAUCUUAUAGUACAUUAAAUGCUGCAAGCAUCUCUAAAGCUCACAGUACAAAACUUAUACCAUGUGAUCCAAUUAAUUUACAAACACACACUGAUGGUUCAGUUCACAUAACUCGCACCCAAAAUGAGAAAGAGUGCAGUCCAGACAGGAUAAGUCUGGAUCGGCGAGGUCUAACUUCUUUCCCAGUUAUUGAUGGAGAAAUGAGAUUGAGAUUGUUGUCGUUGCAACACAAUCUGAUCAGUAGUUUAGAUGGGCUGAAAGCUCAAAGUUUUCCUUAUUUAGUAUUUUUAGAUAUUUAUGACAACCAGUUAGAACAGAUGGGUUGUUUAAAUACAUUGGAGAAUCUCAGGGUGUUAUUGGUUGGAAAGAACAGGUUGCGCAGAAUUGAAGGAUUGAGUACUCUGAAAAAGAUAGAAGUGUUGGAUUUACAUGGAAAUCAGAUAACACAUGUCACUGGGUUGAAUUCUCUUGCAGAAUUAAAAGUUUUGAAUUUAGCUGGUAAUCAGAUUCGGUAUAUCGGAAUAGGUGAUUUUCAAGGAUUGGCUUCCUUGCAAGAGUUGAAUUUGAGGAGGAAUAGACUUAAGAAGUUACUGGGUUUUGGCGAAACCCUGAAUUUAUCAAAGUUGUUUAUUAGUAACAAUGAUUUACAAAGCGUGGAAGAUAUAAGCAGUUUGGCAAAGUCGUGUAACUUAAAAGAGAUUUCCAUAGACAACAAUCCGGUAUUCCUGUCUGGUGAUUGCGUGUCAUUCCUUGUUUCGUAUUUGCCCCAACUAAACAAACUCAAUACUAUGCAAAUAACAGAACAAGUGAGAAAAGCGGCGAUGGCGUGGCGUCGGAAUAAAGAAUCAACGAACUCGGCUUUCAUGGAUCUAACAAGUGAUGUUUGUUUGAACGUUCGACGAGAAGAGAUUAUAUCUAACGCGAGAACGAAUUGGGAGUUGCUAAGAUCGCAAACUAAAUGUCUGACCAAAUCGUCGAGUAAUUUGGCGAAAAACGUCAAUAAUCUAUCUUUAGAUUCUGAUUUGAUUUUGACUUCUUUUGGGAAAACGAAAACGAAGACUUAUGCCAGUAUUACCACCAAAGUGCCUCUUUUUACAAAUAAAAAAUUGAUAAGGACUAGCUCACAAGAUACUGAUAACUCACAAAACACCUCGUCAUCGAACACUUCGAGUAACGAAUUUAUUAGAUUACCCCCUAUUUUGGUACCUAUUAUUAAGAAAAUGGAACAGAAAAACGAGGCAGGUUCCAAAGAGAACAGCAUUAAAUUAUCGGGGAGUUUGUCAAGUAUAGGCCCUAACAUCGACAGUUCAGUGAGUUCUCUUGGGAGCGAGAAUGAGUCUUCAGAUUCUGAAAGCUCCAGUGACACUGAAGUGGAGUCGGAACACGAAGAGCCGGAACCGAAAUUGAAAGAACCAGAACGGGAAAAGGAGACGCCUGUGCUGGGGACAACACCUGUUGUCAUGGAACAAACGGAGGAAAAUAAAAAUUCAUGCGUUGAAACUGCGAGUAGCGUUUCCAGUAUUACUAAUGUCACGGCACCAAGCGCUUCAAGUAGUGAUCCGCCUUCCAAAACGGAGAGAAAUGCAAGGAAUGUUAAAAGCGCAGCGAACACUCGGGCUCUUAAUUCGAAAGUACACAAUCGGGCAUCAACUGCCAAACCGAAGAAACAGGGGUCACCAGCAUCGGGGGGAAAGGACAGGGAGCAAGGAGGCGACUACUUGAUUGAAAUUUGCGGCCGAUACUUGAACGUUUAUGGACAAUGUGCCUUACGUUUUAUCGACAGACCAUGGAACUCUUCAAAAGCACACGACGUAACUACCGUUAAAUUCAAUUACGUCAAUUUCAACGGAAUUACAGGGAUUUUAAAUAAAUUAAAAAUGAGAUUUCCAAAUAUCGAUAAUUUUUACUUCAAAGAAAACAAUAUCCACUGUUUAGGUCAAAUAAACGCUUUAGCUGAGGUCCAAGGGUUAACUUCACUCUACAUCGAUCCCGAAGGGAACGCAGUCACUCAGAAAAAGUGGCGAAGUUACGCAAUAUACAGGCUUUCACACUGGGGUUUAUCUGUAAUUAACGACUCCGAAGUGACGGAGGAAGAAGUCAAGAAAGCCAACGAAGAAUACCAAGGUCUAAGCGAUUUAGUUUUGUGGUCGUUACCAGACGUUCUGUUGCAACCUUUGUUGGUCAGAUUGAGAUUAGACGUAAGUUACGGAAUUUCGGAGCAAAAUGCGAAAAAAUGGCUGAUGUCUGCUGAUCCAGAUUUGAAGAGUGUUGUCAGUAAGGAGGCAUUGCAGUGGAAGAAAGGUGGUGGGGAAGAUGCGGCGAUGAGGCAGAAGGCCAAGCACUUUAUUUCUCAGUUGUUAGAAGAAAUGGGCAAUUCUGUGAAUAAGUUGAGGUUAUUAGAUAAGAAGUGGCCUUCGAUUUUACACGAAUUCGUGAGAAAUGCCCUUCUGGAUUACUCACAGUUAGAUAUGUACAUGAAACAGAAAAUGUUAGAACUGAAAUGAAUAAAAUUGUUUCACUGCCGUAAUAUUUAACACUGUUAUGCACUAUUGUGAAUGUUGACUUUUUAUUAAGCGGUUUUUAUUGUAUUUGUUGAAUAAAUUUGUUAUUCUUUAUUA